AAUUCACCAAAACGCACCGUUUUGCUCUAGAAACUGAAACCCUAUAUAGCCUUUCUCUCUCUCAACCCACCUCACCAGCUACGGACGAGUCAACAACCCCCCCACUUCCUCUCUCUAAAAUCAACAGCAGAGUAGGAUUUUCUCUCUCUAUAUCUAACUUACGCCGCUCUUGCGAAGGCUGAGUAUGGCGGCAGCGGCGGCUGAGAGUUCGUCUAGAUCUGGUACCUCGGCUGAUUCUUACAUCGGUAGCCUUAUUAGCUUGACUUCCAAGAGUGAAAUCAGAUACGAGGGCAUCUUGUACAACAUCAACACUGAAGAGUCCAGUAUCGGAUUGCGUAACGUAAGAUCAUUUGGAACAGAAGGACGUAAAAAGGAUGGUCCUCAAGUCCCUCCUAGUGAUAAAGUUUAUGAAUACAUUCUGUUCCGUGGUAGUGAUAUCAAGGAUUUGCAGGUUAAAUCUUCCCCUCCUGUACAAAGUACACCUUCCAUAAACAGUGACCCAGCAAUUAUUCAGUCUCAUUAUCCACGCCCAGCUUCUGCAUCUACAAGCUUGCCUACUGCAGUUACUGGGUCUCUGUCAGAUCUUAGUUCCCGCACUGCACAGUUAGGCCCCCCUGGGUCGACCUUCCAAGGUGGUCUGCCUUUAUAUCAACCUGGAGGGAAUUUAGGGUCUUGGGGGCCUUCACCACCUCCAAAUGCAAAUGGUGCUGGGCUUGCUAUGCCAAUGUAUUGGCAAGGAUUCUAUGGCCCACCUAAUGGGCUCCCUCAGUUGCACCAACAGUCUUUGCUUCGGCCACCGCCUGGACUGACCAUGCCUCCUUCCAUGCAGCCGCCUAUGCAGUUUUCUGGUUUCAAUGCGUCUUUGCCAAUCGGACCUCCUAGCUUGCCUGGUUCAAACCUGCCAGAAUAUUCUUCUCCUUUGGUCCCCAUUAGUACCAGUUCCCUCAAUUUAACCACUAGUUCUUUACCACCUUCAACUUUGCCUUCGACUCUGCCUCCUGUGCCACCUGGGAUGCUAUCUUCUGAAAAAUUACCAAGCAUGAUACCAAACAAGGCUCCAAUUUCUGCUAUUCCUACAGCAGCAUUAAGUGCUAGCUUACAGCCACUAUCUCCCUUGACUACUCCAAUUCUGGAUGUAAAUGCAAUUGGACCUCCAAUCUCGAACAAGCCUAGUGCAGUUCCUGGUCCACCCUUGCCAUAUCAGACCAUGUCGCAGCCUAUAUCCACUGUUGCCGGGACAUCCAGUUCAAUCCAAGCAGAGACUCCCACCCCUUCACUUGUAACCCCAGGUCAGCUGCUGAAGUCUGGACCUGCUGCAGUUGCUUCGUCCCAGUCUUCACAAAUGGCUCACAAAGACGUGGAGGUGGUUCAAGUAUCACCAACUCCAUCAUCGGAGCCGACAGCACCAGUUGUAGGAGAAGCUCAGCCCCCAAUACUGCCAACACCGCCAACUUCACGUGUCCCAAAGCCGAAUGGAGCUCAUUUUCAAACUCAUUACAACCACAGGGGCCGUGGAAGUGGAAGAGGAAGAGGAACUGGGAUUUCACGUCCACUAACAAAAUUCACUGAGGAGUUUGAUUUUAUGGCAAUGAAUGAGAAAUUCAACAAGGAUGAAGUAUGGGGUCAUCUUGGCAAAAGUAGCAAGUCCCAGUCAAAGGAUAAAGAAGGAGAUGGACAAGGCAGUGAUGAUGAUGAUGAUUCUCAAUAUGAAGAUGACGCUGAAUUACUGAAGUUUGAGAUCAAGCCAGUCUAUAAUAAGGAUGAUUUUUUCGAUUCCCUCUCUUGCACUGCACUUGAUAAUGAUCCAAAUAAUGGAAGGACUAGGUUCUCUGAGCAAUUGAAGAUAGACACAGAGACCUUUGGCGAGUUCUCAAGGUACCGGGGUGGUCGAGGAGGCCGUGGGCCUGUUCGUGGUGGCCGUUUUCGAGGUUCUUACUAUGGAAGGGGGUAUGGCUAUGUUAAUCGAGGUCGUGGUCGGGGCUUUUCCAAUCGUGGUUCAUAGAGCAUGUGUUUUUUUCCUUACUGUCGGUGGUUGAGAUUGUUGCAGUAAGUGGCAAUUGAAGCUGAAACAUGAAAGUUCUCUGCUGAUAUCAUUCCGAAAACUUAGAUUUACGAGAGAUAACCUUGGGACUGGCGUUCUUCAAGGAUGCUAAUGGCACAUUUGGUGUACCUUGGCGCUGCCUCCUGGUGAUAUUUGUUCUGAUUGGUGUCUGAUCAAAGCUGUUUUCGAUAGUCCUGAGCUACCAUAUAGUUCUCCGCUGUAAGGAUUACAUCAUUGAGAUCUGAUGCUUAUUUGUUGGCUGCUUGUUGGUUUGAUGUUAAUGCAUUUGCUGGUUGCUGUGUAGCUGUUUUGUUUGGUUUAUGCUGAAUAUGUAUAGGCGAUGAUACCCUGAAUGAUCUUCUGAAAUAUGUCCAAUUUGUAGUCAAUCGGAUUACUAGUCCAAUGGGUAAAUUUGCUGCUUCAUGUGUAGCUUGGAAUUGGCUAAUCUCUAUUGAGGGUUGGUGAGGGACUGAGAUGUCAAAACUGCUUCAUGAUAAGAUUUUUAUUU